UUUUUGCUCGAUACCAAAAUCCCAUUCUUGGGACCACUUUUGCGACACAGGUUCUCCAUUAUCAAUACAUACGGCGAACUCAACCGGCAAUUGAUUCGGGCGUCGCUACUGCUGUCAGAAGUACUUCUUUUCCACGACCGUUAAGAGCUGGCCUUGGGUGGGCAGUCGUGUUUAUUGGACUUUUGACCAAGAUCACGUUGGCGAAGAAGUCCAUAAGAGACUUUUCAGAUCCGAUCCUUGCUGCCAAAACCGAAAGAAAACAGUGGAAACAGGUCUCCAAAGAGGAACUGUAAAGCUCUGGUAUUCGAGAAUGAUGGCUUGAGCAAUACAAGUCGCUUCACUUAACAACACUUCAUUAUGUCCGCCGACUUUUGGGCUGGCUACAUUAGCGGAGCGGCAGGAAUCCUAAUCGGCAACCCCCUCGACCUCAUCAAAGUCCGUCUCCAAGCUGGAUCUCCCUCCCUUUCAAGAACCAGCUCUAGCUCCAACAUUCGUUCCACUUCCCCUUCUACUCCCAGGACCUACGCCUCACAAUUCUCCCCAGCGAGCUCCCUCAUCAGAGGAGCAGCAGCUCCCAUCCUCGGAUACGGAGCCCUCAACGCCCUCCUCUUCGUAACCUACAACCGAACCCGUGACCUCCUCCAAACGACCAACCCCACGUCUCCUUUCCCAGCACAGCCAAAUCUCUGGACAACCUGGCUAGCAGGCGCAAUCGGCGGUCUCGCAACCUGGGUCGUCUCCACGCCCACCGAGCUCAUAAAAUGCCGCGCCCAAACAUCAUCUUCCUCCACCGGCGCCUCAACCUGGGGCAUCACCAAACAGAUCCUCAAGACAGAAGGAGUCCGCGGCCUGUAUUUCGGCGGCGUAGUCACAGCUCUUCGAGAUAGCAUUGGCUACGGUUUCUACUUCUGGUCCUACGAACUCAGCACCCGGAUCAUGAUGAGCCGGUUCCCGCCGCAAGAAGGCCAGGGCGGGGAAGCUGCGAAGGUUUUGCUGUGUGGGGGACUAGCGGGUGUGGUUACGUGGGCGAGUAUUUUUCCUUUGGAUGUUAUUAAGACGAGGGUUCAGACUCAACCCUCUGCUGUUUCUGGCGGCGAGAGUUCUCCGCUCCUGGGUGUUGGUGGUGGAGGGAGGAGAUUGGGCGCAAUAGAAGUUGCGAGGAUGGCAUAUAGAAAUGAGGGCGCAAGCGUGUUUUUUAGGGGACUGAUGGUUUGUAGUGUUAGGGCGUUUAUGGUUAAUGCGGUGCAGUGGGCGGUUUAUGAGUGGAUGAUGCGGGAAUUGGACCCGAAAAUAGAGAAUGGGAGGUUAUAG